UUCCCAUUCUGGGGAAUUCGGACUUUACAAAGUUCGCAUUUGGUGAUGUUUCCCCCACAUGACCGUGAGAACGCAUUGACCAAUCAGUGGUUUACCAUCAUUAAAACCAGAACAAGCCUUCAUCAUUUUCGUAUUGCUACAUUCUCUUUUUCGAUCAAUUCAAUCUAUUGCUGAAAAUGAGAUUCCAUUCUCUUGCACGCAUCGUCCGUCAAACUUCCGCCAUUCCCACACUCGCUGGAAAGCGAUACUAUAGCACUCCCAUUGCCAGUAACUUUGUCAAAAUUGUCGAAGUUGGACCGCGUGAUGGUUUGCAAAACGAAAAGCAAAUCAUUCCUUCCGAGGUCAAGAUUGAACUUAUUGAACGUUUGGCCAAUGCCGGUUUGCCCGUCGUCGAAGCCACCAGUUUUGUCAGCCCCAAAUGGGUGCCUCAGAUGGGGGAUAAUCGCACUGUGUUAACUAGCAUCAAAAAGAAGCCCGGUGUGUCCUACCCUGUAUUGGCACCAAAUGUACGUGGUGUUGACGGCGCUUUGGAGGCAGGUGCCGAAGAAGUUGCCAUGUUUGCCGCCGUUACCGAAUCAUUCAACCGCAAGAAUACGAAUUGUUCGACCCAGGAGGCAAUUGAGCGUUUUGCUCAAGUUACCAAACACGCCUUGGACAACAACUUGAAAGUUAGAGGUUAUAUUUCAUGCGUUCUCGGAUGUCCUUAUGAAGGUGCUGUUGAUCCCGACAAAGUCGCGGAUUUGGCGCAGCGUGUCUAUGAGACCGGUUGCUACGAAAUCAGUUUGGGUGAUACCAUCGGUGUCGGAUCUGCAGGUUCCAUGGCGAGAAUGCUGGAAAAGGUGUUGAAGGUGGUGCCAGCCGAAGCUUUGGCGGUGCAUUGUCACGAUACAUAUGGUCAAGCAUUGGCCAACAUCUUAAAAGCUCUCGAAUUCGGCAUUCGCGUGGUUGAUAGUUCGGUGGCUGGUCUUGGUGGAUGUCCCUAUGCGCCUGGUGCGAAGGGCAACGUUGCCACCGAAGAUGUCGUUUACAUGUUGAACGGAUUGGGCUAUGAAACAAACGCCAAUCUUGAUGAAUUGGUGGAAAUUGGUCGAUGGAUCUCGGAAAAGCUUGGACGUGAAACCAACUCCAGAGCCGCCGCCGCUUUGAUGGCCGCUGCCAAGCGUAAGCAGCAGGUUGCUACCGCCUCUCUAUAAAUUCUACAACUAUAAAAGAAAAAUAAAAAACGAUUAGAUAAAAAUAUUCUAGGGCCAGAUAUUGACUGUCUG